UAAUGGGUCUUUCCUCUCCUUUCUUACAGUUCAUUCGCUCUUUCGUUUUUUCGUGAUAUUCAUUCCUCUGCCUAACAAUACUUACACGCGGAUGUCUGACUCUGACCACAACAGUUCGUUUGAAGUCGUAGAAGAAGAAACUAUUUCUUUAAUUACAGAGAGCUCUAUUGAAACGAUUGGGCAUGACCGGCUGAACGAAACCGAGUCGGAUGGUGUUUGGAAUGUGUGCGUGUGCAGCCAUGCCGUUGGACCUGAUAAAACUGACACAGUUUCGACCCCCGAUACGUCAGAACAUUCAGAACGCUCUUGGGUUAAGACACCGAGCAUCAUUGGGACUCAGACAGAGUCUAACUACCCAGAAAACGCCCUUGUUCUGCGUGCCCCACUUAGAACAGAGCGUGCAAAACUACCGUAUCGACGAACACGGAAACGGCCUGGCAAACAGCUCUCGUUGAGCGAGCCGCAUGAAUCACAGGCUCUUCCGGUGAUCACUGUUACUCAUGGCUCACAUGGGAAACUUCUGUUGGGCGUGAUCUGUCUAUUUGGAUUAGUAAUAGGUAGGUCUGUGUCAUUUAACUUAUUUGAUCUCAACACUAUUUUUAGCCCUCCUCUACACAGUCUUUCGACAAUCGGUAUAAGGACUUACCAACUCAACUCUUUCAGCACUCUGAUGUGUCUCCCCGAUUUAUUUAUUCAGCAACAGAUAUCACUUUUGGAAGGGGAACUUGCCCGUAUGCGCUUGCAACACGAGACGGAGCUUCGUCAGGAGUACGAAAAACACGCUGAACAGGAUACAAAGUCUCGAGCUCUCAUACUUGAUCUUCAAAAAGAACGACAUCAACUUCUUAACGACCUCCAAAUUCAGUUGGAACGACAAGCAAGUCGUGAAACGCAAGCUCGAGAAACUAUUUUGGAGCUACAAACUGAGCGAAUGAAAUUGAUGGACACGGUUUCCUCUGCCAAGCUGAAUGAUCACCGUUCGGGUACUGCGAAACUCAACUGCAAGGAAUUAAAAGCGCGAAAUUCUCUGUUGGAAAAGCAGUUAAGGGAAACACGCAAUGAGUUGCGUGACAUGAAGCACGCAUUUUUAGAGCUUGAAAAAAGAUCUUGUCUACCGGGAAUGAAAUUUAUCAACUGGGUUUUGUGUAAGGGACUUCGGUUAUGUCCAGACCACUUCCUUUGAAGGGUAUUUCACGACCAUUUUCAGUCAUUGCCAGAUUUUUUAUCACGACUUCUUUUCUUCGUAUAUUUAUUUUUUCUCAUCUCACGAACAAUCUUUUCAUCAUUCUCCUCUUGUGGUUUGCGGUAUUCUGUUUGGUCCUACUUAUAUCAAACUUUUAACGCAUUUUUUGCAUGCAUU